UCAUUUGACAGCUGCUCGCUCCGCAUGUGUUGAAAAUGACUCGUAAGAUAUCGAGGGGGAAGCUUUUUGUUUUUUAAAUGUGUCUUUUUAAUUUUCUUUCAAAAACAACUUUGAAAAGUGGAUGCUACUUUGUCUACCAUUUUUCUUAUGCCGUCUAACGGGGGAGUUUUUCUGUCUUGACGCCACCUGUUGCGACUCAGUCGAAACACAAACAAGAUGUCGCCAUGAGCCUUGCUGAGCCAUCUGACGGCUCCCAGGGUAUCCCUUCCUUGGGUGAUGCAUGGGAGCAGCCCUGAGCUCAUCUUCUGGAAAUAGCACCAAGAAGGGGGGGGCGGGUGCUCAUAGUGGAGGUAUAUCAAGGCGAGAAGUGACCACACCAGCCAGACAAAGAAGCUCAAGGAACAAGACGUCCACCCGAGCUAGUUUCCGCUCCAGAACAGCAACCUCAUGUCCCGACACGCAGCCCUGAGUAGCCUCUUUGGCGAUGACCCUUUCUUCAACCAGGGAGGGCUCCUGUGGCCCCUUUCCUCGCUACGACAGGACCUCCUCACCCGCAAAGUUGGGCUAGCCGACAGUUUCUUCAAGGAUGGAUCUGGAUUCUUUAAUUCACCCCGCUUGGCCUCCACUUUCCUCAGAAUGGGCGAGCGAGACGAAGCCGAAGAAGAGGAGACGCGGGCUCAGGUCCGGCAGGAUCAGGUCCAGCGGGCUUCGCCGCACGACGACCUCCUGGUGACCCUAGACGCCCGCGGCUACGCCCCCGGCGACAUCAGCGUUAAACUGGAGGGACGCAGCCUCCUGGUGAUGGCCACCAAGCAGGCGGGCGCUCAGGAAAGCCACUCCUGCUCAUCUCCGUCCUCCAAAGCCUCCUUCGCCUCCUCAGCGGCCUCACAGGUGGGCUUCAAGCAGAGGAUCCACCUCUCGCCUCAUCUGGACCUCUCCGGACUGUCCUGCUCUCUAAUGGAGGACGGACAGCUGCGGAUCCACGCCCCGGUGGCUAAGCAGGCCAUCACAGAAGGGCCCAAAGAGCCGAUGGCGGAGGAGCCCAAAGAGCCGAUGGCGGAGGAACCCAAAGAGCCGAUGCCGGAGGAGCCCAAAGAGCUGAUGGCGGAAGAGAAAGAGGGGGUGCCCCCUGUCUUCAGGGCUUCCCUGGAAUUCCCCGUCACUCAGGAGCAAACUGAGGCCCAACAAACACACUAGCAUCGUUUGGAGACCUCCAACUACUUUCAAAAAAAAUAUUUGAGUUGCACUACAAUUUUUUUUGCAUGUGUUGUAUGACUUUGGACUUAAUUCAAGACUUAAUUUCCACACAUUCUUUGUCAUUGACUAAAUACUUUUUUCUAAUGUCUGCUAUGUUCUGAUGUAUAGUCCAGUGAUGUCCAGUAGAGGGUAGCAUAGCGUAAACAUCCUUAAUUUUUAAACUUUUUUCUUUUUCUUGUAAUUGGCUGGCGACUAGUAGAGGGCGUACGGGGGCCUCACCCAAAGUCAGAUAAGAGAACAUCAGAAUAUGGAUGACAGAAGUUUUUAUUUGCCACACAAUUGAAAUGUUUUUGAGCCAAAGAUGACAUUUGUUUUCUAUGUUCAGCUAUUACAUUGAAAUAAAUCUUUUGACUUGACAUAAUGUCGUAUUAAUGUUGGAAAAAAUAUAUUCUCACAAGACUGCAAUUUCGUUUUUCCUCCAAAAUGUUUUUGUAAUAUUACGACUUCAUGACUCAAAAUAUAUUGCUUUCAUUUUAAAGUUAAAUAACAGCUCAGUUUGCGCUAAUGUUAAAUUGGCGUUAACAUUUUAAGGCGGUCUUUGGAAAAAGGUCUCUUGUAGAGGGCAUGUGAAAACAAAAAGUUAAGAUACCUAAAUGGAUAAAAUAAGUUGCCAAGGACAAGCUAAAUACCCCCCCCCCUCCAUGAAUUUAUGUGCAUUUAUUUACUUUUUAAAUUUUUUAAAUCAAUUAUUGUUGGCUUUAAUAGUGCUUGAACAACUCAAAAUUGGGUUUGCAUCCCCACUGGGGAAAAAAAAAAGAUACUUAUCUGAUUUUUUUUUUUAUGUACAGUCUAUGUGAGCUGACCUAAAGUUAUGAUGGAUAAAAUAAAUUGCUAAGGAGAAGCUAAA